AUGUGCACAGCCAAUCUAGCUUGGUUAACACCUUUAAGGCAUAAGUUAGUUAUGCGCAGGAAGCCUACUGAGAGCUCCUUUCUAUUCAUAUCCCGUAGAAAUUUCAGUGGUUUAUUUGAGGAAAAGAGGCAAGGAGACCAGGAAAAGGCCGUAUCCGCAUUUGCUAUUCGACUCAACCAACUAGACCGAAGUAAAACCAUUCUUGACAGAAAAUUGUUUGGAAUACCAUUUCAUGUAUCAGAUGCUGAAGCUUUAGAUAACGUGUGUCGCCAUCAUGGCACGUCCGUGGAAGUGCAUCAUGUCCAGCGCUACAUGCUUCCUUUCUGGCUUAUGAAAACAGCAGUGGCUGGAACGUUCAAGGCUGACAUCCUGCAGCGUGACCCCGCCUUUAUGACUCAACAACACUGUUUUGUGUGGGUGGAGGGUCCACUCUACGAGUUUAACUAUCCAUUUGAUGAGUGUAUGACAGUUAAUCAAAUAUCUGCCUCAUAUCUCGAGCCCAUGCGAGUCGUGGAAAGCUGUAUCACCGGGUCGCAUAUCCCCUCGAUGCUAAUUUCUAGGUUUGAAUUGAUGAAAGAGUUGGAAGGGAUGAAGCAAGCUCCCAAGAUUGUUUCCUUCACCAUGUCCACUACGACUGCGCUUUCUGUAGUUGAAAAGCGAAUUUCAAGGCGCAUGGUUUUAGAUCGUGUUGAUAAAGAAUUAAAGAAAUUUCAUGGAUCUUUUCUUAAAAGUAACGUGAGAUUAACGUCUAUGUUCAUGGAAGCGGUCGGCGUACGACCAGUGUUUCUUCCACUCAUGAAGUUAAUGGUUUCCACUGUAUCGAAUCACAUGCCAGUGCCUGCGUUUGUGUGCGGUGCCACAGGAAAAGUUGUUGGUCCUGUAUUGCACGUCAAUUCAACAACAAGAUUAACCACCUCUUGUGUUGCCACGCUAUCGACGUUGUUAACGCUCGCACCAUUAGUUGAGCCUGGGAUUGCAACGGCUGCCGCCAUCGCGGCUGGUAUCUUGACGAUGAUGGCUCAUCGCUUCAUUAAGACAGCACGAUUCCUUAGGGAGCAGUCCCAAGGACUGGCAGAGCUCAGGACACUCGGAAUUCUAAACCUAAACUCAGAUGUCACAGGGUAUCGAUGGACCCCUGAGGAUGAAGAGAAGCAAGAGUAUGAGUAUCGGGAGGAGCUGCGGCGCCGUGCCCGCCGGAAAGAGGCUUUUGAGCAGCGUGUCAAGGAGGAAGCCGCUCGAGACAAAGCACGUCAACAGGGUAAACACUUCGACGCACGCAACCGCCGCCGUACAGAUUUGGAGGAUAUCGAUCCCCUAGGAUACUAUGAGUUGCUGGGGUUAAAAGGACGCGAAUUCACUGCCACAGCGAAGGACAUAUCAAAAGCUUUUCGACAAGCUGUGCGAGUUCAUCAUCCCGAUGUUAACGCGGCACAUGACACCAAUUCAAAAAAGAAACACAUGCAGCAAAUUAUUGAAGCUUACAAAAUAUUGCAUAAUCCCAAAACGAAAGCGUUGUAUGACCGAGGCGAGCUGAAUAAAAAGGACGCUGAUGAAAGCUAA